AUGGGUCUCCUUGCCACGGUCGCGGUACCCGUCGAGAGACUCGUCCAGACCCUUCCUCUCUAUCAAGUCGUCCUGCUCGGCUUCGCCGCCUUCAUAGGCCUGGCGGUGGUCUUCCAUGUCACGAGACAAGUGUUGUUCAAGGACAAGAAUGCGCCGCCAGAAGUGUUUUCCUGGUUUCCGCUAAUCGGUAGCACGAUAUGGUAUGGCAUGGACCCUUUCGACUUCUUCUUCUCCUGCAAGCAGAAAUACGGCGACGUUUUCACGUUCAUCCUCCUCGGAAGAAAAGUCACAGUCUGCUUGGGCACAAAAGGGAACGAAUUCAUUCUGAACGGAAAGCUAAAGGAUGUCAAUGCGGAGGAAGUCUAUAGUGGGCUGACCACCCCAGUCUUUGGGGCCGGUGUGGUGUAUGACUGCGAGAACUCCAAGUUGAUGGAGCAGAAGAAGUUCGUCAAGUUCGGUCUGACCCUAGAUGCCUUCAAGUCCUACGUUGAUCUGAUCUCUGCCGAGACCAAACUGUUUGUCGAGAAUUCGGCCGCGUUCAAGGGCUCGUCUGGCACGAUUGACAUAAUCCCAGCCAUGGCAGAGUUGACCAUCUACACCGCAUCCCGAUCGCUCCAGGGCAAAGAAGUGCGGGAGAAGUUCGACUCGACAUUUGCCGACCUCUACCAUGACCUUGACAUGGGGUUUGCACCCAUCAAUUUCAUGCUGCCUUGGGCACCCCUGCCUCACAACCGCAAGCGAGAUCGAGCGCAGAAGAAGAUGACCGAGACGUACAUGGAAAUCAUCAAGCAACGACGAGCUGCAGGCGGAAAGCGGGGCGAAGGCGAAGAGGACAUGAUUUGGAACUUGAUGAGUUGUGCCUACAAGGACGGCACGCCCAUUCCGGACACCGAGGUGGCACACAUGAUGAUUGCCCUGCUCAUGGCCGGGCAGCAUUCGUCGUCAUCCACCUCGAGCUGGAUCCUCUUGCGACUGGCCACACGCCCCGACAUCCAGGAGGAGCUACUCGAAGAACAGAAGCGAGUGCUGGGCGAAGACCUGCCGCCUCUGACAUACGAGUCGUUGCAGAAGUUGACGCUGCACAGCAAAGUGGUCAAGGAGACGCUGCGGCUGCACUCUCCCAUCCACAGCAUCAUGCGCAAGGUCAAGUCGCCCCUGACCAUUGUCGCCGACACUGCGACCACGACCAAAACGUAUCAAAUUCCCACCACUCACACGCUCAUGUCGGCGCCUGGGGUCACAUCUCGAGAGUCGGAAUAUUUCCCCGAACCGAUGCUGUGGGAGCCGCAUCGAUGGGACGACGGGCACAAACUGUCCUACAGUCGGAUGGGAACGGAGACGGAGGAGUUUGAGGACUAUGGGUUCGGCAUGAUCAGCAAGGGAGCCUCGUCACCGUACCUCCCGUUUGGCGCGGGUAGACAUCGAUGCAUCGGAGAGCAGUUCGCCUAUGUUCAACUGGGGACGGUGUUGGCGACCAUGAUCCGCUUGGUCAAGUUCCGCAAUCAGCCUGGCAAGGAUCUAGUGCCGACCGACUAUUCAAGUUUGUUCUCCCGACCCAUUGCCCCCGCGGUGGUGGAGUUUGAGAAGAGGACGACAAAGAGUGAAAAAUAA